CAGGCACUGCUGAGUUAAUGAAAAGCAAGAAAAGAGCAGAAUAGUGUGUCUCUAUCAUAGCCUGAGCAACCUGGGAUUCAGAGAGGAAAGAAGUAACACAAUAAAGGACGUGAGAGAACAUGGCUCCAAAGAUUACUACAGGGCUGCUUCAACAGCUUCGGCAAGCAAUGAAAAACUCCAGAUAUGUUCCAGAGCCAAUCCAAGCUUACGUUGUACCUUCAGGAGAUGCACAUCAGAGUGAAUACAUUGCGCCUUGUGACUGCCGAAGAGAGUUCAUUUGCGGGUUUGAUGGCUCAGCAGGAACUGCCAUUGUUACUGAACAAGACGCAGCCAUGUGGACAGAUGGACGCUACUUUCUGCAGGCUGCCCAACAAAUGGAUAGCAACUGGACACUCAUGAAGAUGGGUCUGAAGGACACUCCCACACAAGAGGACUGGCUUGUGAGUGUGCUUCCUCAGGGCUCCAAAGUGGGAGUAGACCCAUUAAUUAUUCCAGCAGAUCAAUGGAAGAGGAUGUCCAAAGUUUUGAAAAGUGCUGGGCACGCUCUUGUACCAGUCAAAGACAAUCUCAUUGAUGCCAUAUGGGCAGAUCGACAACCACGGCCUUGCAAACCUCUGAUGACCCUGGGUUUGAGCUACACAGGAAUCAGCUGGAAGGAGAAGGUCACAUCUCUGCGGGGGAAAAUGGCUGAGAGGAAAGCUCUCUGGUUUGUGGUGACAGCCUUGGAUGAAGUAGCUUGGCUAUUUAAUCUCAGAGGAUCUGAUGUUGAAUACAACCCUGUGUUUUUUGCUUAUGCCAUCAUAGGGAUCAAUACAAUCAGGUUGUUUAUUGAUGGUGAUCGCAUGGCAGACCCUGCAGUGAGAGAACAUCUUCUGCUGGAUUCUGCCCAGGAUGCUGAAUUGAGCAUCCAAGUGCUACCAUACGACUCCAUCCUCAUGGUUCUAAAAUCCAUCUGUGAGACCCUCUCUCCUCAUGAGAAAGUUUGGCUCAGUGACAAAUCCAGCUAUGCCCUGACCCAGGCCAUUCCUAAGGAUCACCGUUACCUCACCCCAUACACUCCCAUCUGCAUUGCAAAGGCUGUGAAGAAUGCAUCAGAGGCUGAAGGCAUGAGGAGAGCUCAUAUCAAGGAUGCUGUUGCUCUGUGUGAACUAUUUAAUUGGCUGGAGAAGGAGGUUCCUAAAGGAAGCAUUACUGAAAUAACAGCGGCAGAUAAAGCAGAGGAAUUCCGUAGCCAGCAAGAGGACUUUGUUGAUUUGAGCUUUGCUACUAUUUCAAGUACAGGACCAAAUGGUGCUGUCAUUCACUACAAGCCUACACCUGAGACAAAUAGAACUUUAUCCAUGAACGAGAUCUAUCUCCUAGAUUCUGGUGCUCAGUACAAGGAUGGUACCACUGAUGUGACAAGGACUAUGCAUUUUGGCACUCCAUCAACUUACGAAAAGGAAUGCUUUACCUAUGUGCUAAAGGGUCAUAUAGCUGUCAGUGCAGCCAUAUUCCCAAAUGGAACCAAAGGUCAUCUUCUGGACUCCUUUGCCCGUUCUGCUCUCUGGGAUCAAGGUUUGGAUUACCUGCAUGGCACAGGACAUGGAGUUGGCGCUUUCUUGAAUGUCCAUGAAGGUCCAUGUGGUAUUAGCUACAAAACCUUUGCAGAUGAACCUCUGGAAGCUGGGAUGGUUGUUUCUGAUGAACCUGGUUAUUAUGAAGAUGGUUCUUUUGGGAUCCGAAUAGAAAAUGUUGUUAUAGUCAUUCCAGCUAAAACUAAGUAUAACUUCAGCAACAGAGGGAGUUUGACUUUCGAACCUUUGACCCUGGUUCCAAUCCAGACCAAAAUGAUACAUGUACACUUGCUAACCCAAAAAGAGUGUGAUUGGGUGAAUGACUACCAUAGAAAAUGCAGAGAGGUGGUUGGAAAUGAACUUGAACAACAAGGACGACAUGAAGCUCUCCAGUGGCUAAUUCGGGAAACGGAGCCAAUCUCCAAAAUGCACUAACAGCAGUAUUCUUUUUUCUUUGUUAUUUUUUUAAAAUCUGAUUCCUUUUUGAAAUUGCAAAAACAGAACUGACUCAGCUUCACAACAGUACACUUGGUGCCACCAUGUGUUAUAGUGUGGAUGGAAGGAAGAUGUGGAAAUCCUUUCCUAAUGAUCAAGAAAAACAGAAGAAAAAGGAGCAAGGUGGAAUUUAUUUGGAGGGAUGAUUUCUUCCCCCGUAAUUAUUAUUUCUUCCACUUGUGAUAAUGAACAAAUACAAACCUAGAGCUAUGAAAUCUUUAACCUACAGAGAGUGGAUGGGUCAUUUAGGAGUGCCAUGCCCCCUAAGAGGCUAAAAGCUGUCUUAAUUGGCUCAUGUGUUCCAGGCCUGAGAGAAAGAAGUUAGAAACAUAAGAUUUCAUAGACUAAAGGGUGGAACAGAUGGGCAGGAAAGAGCGGUCAGAUGCUGCUCCUGCCCAGAGUGCCCUGGGACCAUGGCGACCACAUGCUGCAGCCCUGAUGAUGGCCCCUGCCAUAGUCCCAAAUUAACUAGGACAAGGAGUGGAAAAGAUCCGCGCCUUCUGGGGCUGGGUUUCAGCUGACUUAGGUGGCUCAGGAGCAAUCCCGGCGUUACCUCUAUGUAGGUUCGGGGUGUGUGUCAUCUAAAUGAGAUGCCCCUAAGCUUCUUAGAGAACUUGUCUGUUCCAGGUCUAAGUAUACUUGAAGUAGACUCAGGCGGGGUACAAACCGCCCAAAAAGGGCAGUCUAUCCGCGCCCUGUUUUGCUGUGCAAGGGAGCUGCAGCAGACAAACAGCAUGGCUCCAUUGCUCAGCAAAAGGAACCCUUAAAAAGUGGGUUCUUUUUGCGGUGUGUUUGUGAUGCUGCAGUGCGCCAAUGGCGCACUUGCGCCAUCACAAUGACACUUGGACGUGCAGACGUUAAGCGUCCGUCGUGUCAAAAUGGUGGUGCCCGUGUGUACAGGGUGCCGCCAUUUUGACAUCCUCGUCAUGUGCUAGGGGUGAGGCCAGUAUGGGCGGUACGCCCUCGGCCAACUCCUAUCGUGACGGGGGCGCACUUUAGGCCCGUCUGGAGAGGGCCUCAGUCUCUGAAAGCUUAUGCUACCAACGUCUUUCUCUCAGUCUCAAAGCUGCUACAAGGUUCCUUUGCAUACUGAUCCAGACUAAUGCAGCUGUGGCUCUGAACUUGUACCACCAUAGACAACAUUAUAGUAUUUCUGGUGCAGAUUUGUUAUAAAAUAGACCUUUAUGUGGCCUCUUGAGACUUGCAAUCUUUAUCAUUUGAAAGAUUUUUAAGCCUAGCUUUUCUGCAUUCCCCACUUUUUAAAUGCAGCUUCUUAAUGAAUUUACAUAAGCACGUAUGCCAUUUGGAGACUCCAGAAUCAAGUAAUACUUUGCUGUCAUACAUCAGACCACACAGUGCAAUCCUAUACAUGUCGACACUGAAGCAAGUCCCACUUGUGUUCAGUUGGUCACAUUCCCAGGUACAUAGGGCUGCUAGCCACUGCCAAGAAGAUUCAUAUAGUAUCCCAUCAUCUCGGUUUACCUUGAACAAAAUGAUUUUUGAUGGAUGCAGUUCACAGGUUCAGAUAUCUGUCAGUGAGCAAUAAGUCUUGCUUAUUGCUCAUUGCACUGCACUUCUGACUUUCAGGAAGACUUUGUAAAUUGUAAAACAGUUUUGGACACCACCUUGUAAACCUUGCAGUGUUACACAACAGGAGUUCCUCAAAUCUUUCUCUCUGUGUCUUUCCCAGCUCUUGAAACUGUUGAAGGUGUGGACUUCUGGAUGUAUCCAUUUAGAAAACUAAUGUUAAAAACAAUACUGUGUGUAAAGGGCCUUGAAUGUUCAAAUGCAUCUUUUACACUAGGAUCACUUCUCCUGUUUUUGCAUUGUCAAUACACAGGAGCUCCAAGUGCCAAUAAAAAUCAAUCUACUUUA